UUUCGCCUCACUUUCCCUCCCUGCGCGCCACUAGCAGAGAGACUGGCAGAGGCGGGCACGGCGCACUUUACAGCUUGCAGGGAUGGUGAGGGAGAGCCAGCUCCACUGCACGCGUCAGGUGACCAGAGAUUCUGGUCCUUCAGACAGCGAUGCAGGCCUCCCCCGUCUACCUCCUGCCUCCCGCUGUGCCUCCCAGACCUCUGCAGGCACAGCGGUGAUGGAGAGCAGUCAGCCAGUGAACAUUACAGACUCAGGAAUACGCAGGAAGAAGAAGCGCAGGACCCGAGCAGCGGACAGCUCCACAGACACAUUCAGUGAUCUGUACAGACUCACUGACGAGGUGCUAGGGCAAGGGGCCUAUGCUAAAGUCCAGUGCUGUGUGAGCCUACAGAAUGGCAGUGAGUAUGCUGUAAAGAUCAUUGAGAAGAUUGCUGGCCACAGUCGGAGCAGGGUGUUUAGAGAGGUGGAGACGUUAUAUCAGUGCCAAGGAAAUAAAAAUAUUCUGGAACUCAUUCAGUUCUUCGAAGACGAUAGCCGCUUCUAUUUGGUGUUUGAGAAGCUGAAUGGAGGCUCCAUUCUAACACACAUUCAAAGGAGGAAGCACUUUGAUGAAAGGGAAGCCAGUCGCGUUGUCAGGGACAUAGCUCAAGCUCUUGACUUCCUGCACACCAAAGGAAUUGCUCACCGGGAUCUGAAACCUGAAAACAUCCUGUGUGUAGAUGCUGACAAGGUGUCUCCUGUGAAGAUCUGUGAUUUUGACCUGGGCAGUGGAGUGAAGUUGAGCAGUGCCUGUACUCCCAUAACCACGCCGGAACUUACCACACCGUGUGGUUCAGCUGAGUACAUGGCUCCAGAGGUGGUGGAGGUUUUUACAGACGAGGCCUCAUUCUAUGACAAACGAUGUGAUCUCUGGAGCCUGGGGGUCAUCCUCUACAUCCUGCUUAGUGGCAGUCCGCCUUUCACUGGACACUGUGGCACUGACUGUGGCUGGGAGCGAGGGGAAACCUGCCGUGCCUGCCAGAACAACCUGUUUGAGCGGAUCCAGGAGGGAAAGUAUGAAUUUGGUGAUCGGGACUGGGCCCAUAUCUCAGACAGUGCCAAAGACCUGAUCUCCCGGCUGCUGGUGCGAGACGCCAUGCUGAGGCUAAGUGCAGCACAAGUCCUGCAGCACCCAUGGGUGCAGGGGAAUGCUCCAGAAAGAAGUCUUCCAACUCCACAUGUCUUACAAAGGAAGUUGAGCACUAAGGACCUGACUCAGUUCGCGGCAGAGGCCAUGGCCUUUAACAGGCAGCUGUCGCAGCAGGAUGAACAGCAGGAUGACAGUGGGGCCAUCAUGUGCUCCAUGAGACUCUCGCCGCCCUCCAACUCCAGGCUGGCCCGACGCAGAGCACAGUCCCUCGCGCUCCGCAGCACUAGCCAGUACCUAGCCACUGCGCAGGUGCCGGAGUAAGCCCAUACACUAUAUAAACACAUGUUGUAUGCUUAACACCUUUUUUCAGCUCAAGUGCCCACUCAAAAGCCAGCAUUGUUGAGUACUUGCUGCAUUUGGGCUUGAGUGACGUGAUGAUUACAUAUAAAUACACACACAAACACACAUUUGCGCAGCCUACACACAAUGUGCUCAGUACCAGCUGUGAGCAGAUGGCAGUGGAGGUUACGUUAACCCAAAAAGUAAAUACCUACUAUACCUACUUCAGUAUUUUCCACACUGGCUAAGGGUUAAUGCAGUUCUGCAAUUCACCAUUUAGCAUAGAUGUAGAGGAUAAAUUGAAAAAGUAAUAUAACCUGAACAUGCUUCUUCAGGUAGGCUUUGUAAGUCAUGUACAGCCGAGAUGUACCAUACAUGAUUGAAGCUGAUUUCCGUAUAUUUAAGUAUUUAUUACCAAAUAUUUGUGGCUGAAAGUUUAUUUUAGCCAACUACAGAGGUGCUUCAAUAGAAAGGGAAAAGACUUAUCUUGAUUUUAAUAUAGCUACUAAAAUGGUUCUUGGUUUACUUUGUCUUUGUUUUUGUUUUUUUGUUUUUUUUAGAUUUACCAUUUUAAAAUGUCGGCCCUUUUAGAAAAUGUUUUAUAAAGCACUGUCUUUUUGUUGCACGUUUGAUUGCUUUUCCCAUUUUGUGGUGUUUUGUUUUGUGGUUUAAACAAUGUUUCAGGUUAGGACUACGAUUCUGCCCAGUAAUUCUUAACAGCCAAUGUGAACAACAUUGUAAUGACAUUUGAGACUUAAUGCAUGACACCAUACUGCCUUAUUGCAUUAACAUACAAUGGGAAAAAGUGGUUACUGGGCCUUCAUAUCCAUAUUAAUUAUGUCUUACCUCAAAUACAGUUUGCACAUUGUUUUUGCACAUUUUUACUGCAAGCAGGGGUCUCUGCAGUGUUCUACCAGCAAGUAACAUGCUUUUUGUACAAUACUGCUUGUCAAAGUUUGAGAACUAAAAGUUAAUUAUUCACUUGUAAAGGUCAGUUCGCGUUGCACAGUUGUAUGUUUUUAUUUUUUUUCUUCUUCUAUGAAUUGUGUUCUGCACAUCUAUUUUUUCACUGUUUAUAGAGUUUUUAAUUUUAGUCUGUAUUUUUUUAAUGGUCUUCAAUAGAGAAUUCAUCUCAUGAACAAAACAAACUCAUUAUUGUGUCCUGAAAAAAAUGGGGGAGUUAAAUCCUUCUGCUGCUAAGCUGCAGUACUGUGAAAAAGUCAGAAGUCACCCUUCAUAUAUUUCAUUUCCAGUCAAAACUGUCAAAACAGUACAGUACAAGUUAUUCAUUUUUCAGGAGACAUUUCUGAGGAGACUGAAUAUAAGAUAAUCCAGUGGCAUAAGGAAGGGCAGAGUCAAAAGAAAGUAAGUGGGGGAAAAAAACAGACGUUUUCAAGUUCUAAAAAAAUGAUUAAAUGGGAUUUCUAACUACCAUGUAAGACCUGGUAGACCACCAAAACUGUCCCGUCAGAUAAACUGUACUCAAAGCUGUCAUCUUUCAGAGACAGGAGAAAAUUAAGCUCCACUCUUGCUUCAAAUCUAAAAAAAUCCAUGUGUUUCUGUCUAUCCUUUCACUGUGAGAAGACAACACAGUCAAGAAGCAAUUACUGGGAAAAGGAAACUGACAAACAAGAAAAAGGCACUUGACAGCUGAGAUGUGGAGUAGGAAAUCCCAGACCUCAGCAUCACUGAAUGUGUUGGGAUUACUUGGAUCUUGAAAAUCAGAAAAUGCAACCAAGUUCUAUGACUGAACUUUGUAGAAGUGGAAAAAUAUUCCUGUAGAAAAGCUGAAAGCGAGUCUUCUAAAAUGAAUGGAAGCUGUAGUCACUGCAACGGGUGGCACACUAAAUUUGACACUGAAUAUUUUGAUAUUGAAGCUUCUGUGCAAUUCUUUGACUUUUGCAUAGUACUGUACGUAACUGCUGAAGUGGUUUUGCCAUGGGAGCACUGGAACAUGCUCUUUUUCCCUAUCACAAACUAAUAGGAUCUCUGUUCCAUUCAUAUAAAUACAGUGUAUCCUUAACACUCAGUAAUGAGUCUACAUUCAUUAUUAAUAAGUCACUCAGGCAAGAGGAGUGUUAAGUUUACAAGAGGAUAAUAUCAGUUUAAAAAUUAAUGCUUCAAAUUUGGCUGACUGAAAGCCCUAAAGUGCUGAGCUGUCCUGCCUUUUGCCAGUGGUGUCACUAGAGGGCACCAUGUCUUCUUGCAUUUUAUUCUCUUGUGUUCACAGUUCAUGAGACACCAAACGGGCUGUCCUAUUCGUAUUUCAACCAGUGACCGGUCUCCUUCUUUAUUAUGUCUCUGGAGAAACUGGAUGGAUGGGUUGAUGAGUUGUUUAAAUUUGGUUGUAAAUGUAAAAGAGGGUGUUUUACAUUUUUAAUUGAGAAAAAAAUACUGAGUAAAAUACCAUGAUAAAUAAACCAGGCAUUUGCUCUGAAAUUAUAUGAAAGAGUAUUGCUUUGAGCUCGAUUCUAAAGCGCUUCUGUUGAAGCAGCACAUACAUAUCCUAACACUACCUUCCUCUACCUCUGUAAAAUAAUCGAAUUGUAAGUUGUUGGGUAAUUUACCACAGCAUGGUUGAAAUAAAUGCAUGAAAAACA